UUACUCUGUUUUUUCCUACUUAUCUCUCGUCGUCUUCUUCCUUGCUACUCUGUAUUUCAUCUUCUUCUUGAAAUCCUAUUCACUGUAAUUCAUUUAUUUUUCAGGGUUUUGAUCGACUGGGAUUUCUUUUUACGCUUUAAGACAAAAAGGGAAAAGGCAAUGGCCGGAAAGGGGAAACCCAAGAAGAAACAAGGAGUAGCAGGCUCCAGGGGUUUGCAAGGUUCAUCCAGCAGAAAUCUUGCUGUUCAUGGUGACGAUAAGGGCUUGAAGGAAAAGGUAAAUCCUAAUGAGGUGAAGGAAGUAAAGAAAGAUGAAGCGGAAGCAGCAGAAGCAUUAGUGGGAUUGAAAGAUUCUUCCGGGAAGAAAGCCCCGGCGGUUCUUGGCGGCAAAAACGGCCCAGAAUCUCAUACUGAUGAUCAGGAAUCUGGAACGCCGGCGGAUGGUGAAGUGAAAUUUGAGCCGGUGUAUGUUUUCGAUGAGUCACGAAAUCUUGUCCAAGUAGACGUCCGGGAGAUCUCUUCCCAGCCGCCGGCAGAAUUUCAGCACAUGGCUCCACGGCGGACUGAUGAUGAUCCGUAUGUUUAUAGCGAUGGAAUUGAAUUCAGAGCUCCAGAACAACGAGAAAUCUUUCGAAAAUUUCUAGGAAAACAUCUUAUCAUCCCAGAUGCUUAUAACCCUGAUGAGGCUCCAGCUCCGAAAUCCCCUGAUUUGAACCAAAGAGGUGCCAGCAAUUCUGAUGAUCCACCUCAUGAAAAUUCUAACAAAGGAAAGGAGCAGAAGACUGUGAGUUCAACCAAAGAGAAUAAGAAUGGAAAAAGUGUGGAGAAAAGGAUCAAAUGCGGGAUUUGUGAAGGGGAUAUAGCUGCUGAACAAUUGAGACGAGUUGCCAAAUGUGGACACUGUUUCUGUUAUGAUUGUCUCAAGGAUAAUGUCACCAACAAUUAUGAGCAGCAGAUCAAAGUCCCAGUAAUCAAUGUGGGUUGCCCAGGGUACGGCUGCAAGGACUACUUGAAUGAUGAUGAAAUGUUCGAUUGUCUUCCAAGUCAGCUUAGAAUCCCAUGGCUUGAGCUUAAGAACCCUGUUAGAAUGACGCAGCUUCAAAGAAGAUUCACUGCCCUCAAGAACAUUGCUGGAGAAUUCAUGACCAUGCUUAACGAAAUCCCUUGAUUCAGAAAUUGAUGAUCUCCUGAUCAGACCCCUGUUCUGCAAAAACAGAGCUUACAGCAGUAAUACCAUGGAGAUGUUAGUGGCUUUUUCGGGUUGGUUUUCGUUGUUGGUAGAUUCUGCAAAGUUUGGAUAAAUGGCUGUAACUUCUGUCUUUCAGGUGUGUUUGUCUGUGUGUGGAUUCAGAGCCAUAGUAUUACUAUUAGGACUACUGAGAGAGUUGUGUUAGGUGUCAGAUCAUUCAUGAAAUCAUGAUAUUAGUUUUAGUUCAAUUCAUUUUGUGUGUAAUCAAUCCAAUUAUUUGAUAUGAUUCUUAACAGUCUGGCCUGCAGAUGUUGUAAAGAUAAUUGGUUUACAUUCUUUUGAUCUUUUAGUACUUUUACAUGUCAAUGAAUG